AUGACUUCCGUUAUCGAGAUCGUGUAUGUGCAGCAAGCGGUCGACGCUAUUCAGGAUAUGCCUCUUCAAGAUCAGGAAAAGAAGAAGAUCCAGGAAGAGAUCCAUGAGCCAGGUUUCGGGAAUCAUGGUGGCUGUUGUGCAAUAUGCUUGAAUGAAAUUCCUCUUCAAGAAACUGCUAUGGUCAAAGGCUGUGAACACACUUACUGUGUGACAUGCAUACUUCGUUGGGCGAGUUGCAAAGAGAGUCCUACAUGCCCCCAAUGCAAGCAUCCAUUUGAUUUUCUCAGUGUCCACCGGGCUCUUGAUGGCAGCAUUGAAGAUUUUUUGUUUGAGGAGAGUGUAUGCCUUCUCCUGAGAGCCUCCUGGUUUAUACCAUUGGAUGUGGUGGAACAUGCGUCAGACAGCUACGGUUACCAUGAUGAUUUUGACAUUCCUUGUGACUACGAGGAUGAAGAUGAUGACCUUGAGGAGUUUUACAUGCACGGGUCAAAUCUUCGGAUAGGAAAUAGGAGAUGGGGGGGCAAUGGUUUUGUCAGGUCCGGGCGUCAAGAAGCCAGGCCAGUCCAGAAACACAGCGGUUCUAGUUCUGGUUCCAGUUCUGGGUCAUCCUCAUGUGAGCCUAAGGAUAAGCAGGUGAAGACUGCAAACACAACAGGAAGGCGUGCAAAGAGGGCAAUGAAGCGCGAAGCUGCGAACAAAGCAGCGGAAGUAACUGCAGCAGCGAAGCACGAGGCUCAUUUGGUUAGGUUUGGAAGGAAGUGA